AUGCUGCUGGAAGAGGCUCCAGUGGCCGUCGACUCGUUCAGUCAUGAGCCUGGAGUGACCUUCUUUUGCAGCCAUGCUCACGACGACCACCUGAAAGGGCUGAGCGGAUCUUGGCGCCGUGGCCCCAUCUAUACAUCACACGUCACGGCACGAUUACUGAGUCGGCGCUGGCCACCGUUGGAGCCGUUUCUUAAGCCGCUAGAGAUUGGGCCGGUGCAUCGCAUUCUCUUGGGCAGUGCUGGAGGCCUCGAGAUCGAAGUGUGCUUGGUAGAUGCCAACCACGUGCCAGGUUCUGUGAUGUUCAUAUUCUCAGGAUAUUUUGGCACACUAUUAUACACUGGCGAUUUCCGCUUGCAUGACGAUCAUGUGCAUCUGAGCGUUCUUCCCCUUCUCGCCCGACCCAAUGCCGAACUCUCGCGAAUUUUCCUGGACAACACAUUUUGCCAUCCUCAGUUCGCGCACGCGCCGCGGGCAGAAGUCUGCAAGGCAAUCACAAAGCGCAUAAUCAGCAAGUGGCCCUGCAUAGCUUUUGUAGUUGUUUACAAAAUGGGCAAAGAGUCGCUACUGGCUCAUUUGGCAAAGCGCCUCAAGACAGUCGUCCUGCUUCCCAAAGAGCGAAUGCUGGUUGCAAAGGAUCUCGGGCUGCAUGGAAGCAACAUACAGGAGCAACCCUGUAAUCCGCAAAGCGCUGCAGCAGAGGAGCUGCGGCGUCGCAGCAUGCAGGGCUGCAUCUGGGCUGUUUCGCGCAGGAAUGUUCGAAAAAGCCUCUGGCAAGCUACCGAAUCGGGAGCUGCCGCGCACGCCAUCGAUCCAUCUGGCUGGGCCGAGCUAUCACGGAGUCAAUAUGUGCCUUGCUACGAGGAUUCCCAUACGGUCAGUGGGCAGACAGUUCCGGUAUUUGUCAGUGAUGAUGGGGUUUCGCACUAUCCUUAUUCAGACCACUGCUCCUACCUUGAGCUGGUCCAAUUUCUUUCCUGUUUGCCAUCCGCUCCAGUGACCUUCAUCGGACCACUGCCAAAGCCUGGACCGUUCGGUUACGAUGGAGAGGUGGGUUUGCACAGGCUCCUGCACGAGGCUGGGGUGCCUUCCAUCAAGUACUACCAGCAAGGCCGGUUUGGGAAGGUUGAUAGAAAGAGGGCGGCCUCAGAUGGCCCAGAUUGCUCCAACGACAUCUGA